AUGUUGACAAUACUAGUCGACGAAGCUGUGCCUAAACAACAUGAAUCGGCGUUUAGCUCAACCAACGGCGACCUUUCCAAAUCCUACUCAAACAUUGUUCGUCUCGAUGGAAAUGCCGAUCCUCUUGAUCCGCAGAACUGGCCUGUGAAGAAGAAAUUGUACACUACUGUUCUCCUUGGUCUAGCAACUAUGGUAGCUGCCUUCACCAGCAGUAUAUUCGCUACAGCAAUAUAUCCCCUGAUGAAAAUCUAUGGAAUCUCCCGCGAAGUCGGCUUCCUCGGAGUCUCGCUGUAUGUCCUGGGCUUUGCGGCAGGCCCCAUCAUCUGGGCGCCCUUUUCUGAAGUCAAAGGCCGUCGGACUCCCUACCUGCUGGCCAUGUUCGGAUUCACCAUUUUUGCUUUCGCCACAGCCGUAUCCAAGGACGUGCAAUCGAUCUUCAUCUGUCGGUUCUUUACGGGCUUCUGUGGCGCUGGCCCUUUGACACUCUCCGGCGCCGUCUAUAGCGACAUCCUCUCGCCCCAGAUUCGCGGCGCCGGCAUGGUAGGUUUCAGUCUCAUGGUUUUCGUAGGCCCGCUCCUCGCCCCUAAUAUCGGCGGAUUCAUCAUAAUGAACGAGAACCUCAGCUGGCGAUGGACGCAGUACAUUGCCGGAAUGCUCGGGGCUGCCUCGCUCAUCUCACUUCUCCUUUUCUACAACGAGUCCUACGUGCCCGUCCUCCUCUCCCAGAAAGCCGCCCGUCUCCGCCGCGAGACAAAAGACUGGUCGAUCCACGCAGAGCACGAUGAAAUCGACAUCAACUACCACGAAAUCCUGCACAACUACUUCGCUCUACCGUUGAAAAUGCUCGCUCUCGACCCGAUCAUGCUCUGCAUGUGCAUCUUCGGCGCCUUCGUCUACGGCCUCCUUUACCUCUUCCUCGCAGCCUACCCGAUCAUCUUCCAGAAAAUUCACGGCAUGAACCCCGGCGUCGGCGGCCUCCCUUUUAUCGGCGUCAUCGUGGGCCAGCUCCUUGCGGGCGUCGCGUUCUUUCUGGGCUCGCCGAAACUCGGUCGCCAGAUUAGAGCGAAUGGAGGGGAAUUGGUGCCGGAGUGGCUGCUGCCGAUGGCCAUGCCGGGCUCUGUUAUUUUCUCGGCGGGCCUGUUCUGGCUCGGCUGGACGGGCUAUCGUAGUGAUAUCCAUUGGUUCGCACCUACUGCCUCUGGCCUGCUGACGGGGUUCGGGCUCCUGGCGAUGUUUUUGCCGUCAAUUGGUUACGUGACUGAGGCGAGGCGAAAGAGGGCUGCGUCGGCUAUUGCAGCACACACGUUCCUUCGGUCCCUGGCGGGUGCAGUCUUUCCUCUCUUUGCGACGUAUAUGUUCGAUGGUCUCGGUGUCGAAUGGGCCUGUACGGUCCUAGGAUGUGUUGCCGCACUGCUUAUCCCGAUGCCGAUAUUAUUCUACAUCUAUGGCGCGAGAAUCAGGGCACGGAGUAGGCUUUCGCUUUGA